AUGUCGAUUUCAGUGCAAGAGCUGGACAACACGGUCCGAGCUUUGUUUGAAGGCAAAGGAGAAAUUCAAAACCAAGCCCAGCAGACCUUGACAGAGUUUAAGCAGAACCCCGAUGCUUGGGUCACCGUGGGCAAUAUCCUCCAAGAGGCCUCAUAUCUUCAAACCAAAUACAUUGCCCUUCAAGUACUUGACAAUGUGAUCAUGACCCGGUGGAAGGUUCUACCACGGGAACAAUGCCAGGGCAUUCGUAACUUCAUCGUGAAGUUCAUUCUCGAGAACUCCGAAACAGAGGAGAAGAUCCAAGCUGAACGUCCCCUCUUGAACAAGCUCAAUCUAGUCCUCGUCUCCAUUCUGAAACAGGAAUGGCCUCACAAUUGGCCUACUUUCAUCAACGAGAUCAUCUCCUCCUGCCACGCCGGCCUUUCAAUCUGCGAGAACAACAUGACCAUUCUUCGUCUCCUGUCCGAGGAAGUCUUUGACUUUUCCCAAGAUCAAAUGACAUCCGCCAAAGCACGAAACCUGAAAACGUCCAUGACAUCGGAAUUCGCAUCGAUUUUCCAACUCUGUUCCGAAGUUCUGAACACUGCGAACCAGCCCAGUCUGGUCAAAGCCACCCUCGAAACACUUUUGCGAUUUUUGAACUGGAUUCCGUUGGGCUACAUCUUCGAAACCCCCAUUAUCAAUACCCUCCUCACUCGAUUCCUUGGUGAACCCGAGUUCCGCAAUGUGACCCUGAAGUGCCUGACCGAGAUUGGCGGCUUGCAGAUUGGUACUCCCUACAACUAUGAUGAGCGAUUGGUGCACAUGUUCACCGAGACACUCACUACCGUGUCUAAUGUCAUUCCUUUGUCCCUGGAUUUGAAGCAGACAUAUGCCAUGAGCAACGGAAGAGACCAAGAGUUUGUAUCAAACCUGGCCUUGUUCCUUUCGAGCUUCUUUAGUGCCCACCUAGAUCUCAUUGAGAAGUUGCCGAACCAAGACUACCUCACCCACUCACAUUUCUAUAUGAUCCGGAUCAGCCAGAUUGAUGAUCGGGAGGUGUUCAAGAUCUGCCUGGAUUACUGGACCAAGUUGGUGCAAGAACUCUACGAAGAGAUGCAGCAGCUCCCCAUCACGGAUAUCAACCCGCUGGUAUCAAUGAGCGUCAGUGGUUUAGCCAAUGGCGGUGCCCCCAAUCCUAGUACCCUCGCCGGUUACCCACUGCGCAAACACAAAUAUGAGACUGUGCUCACAAACCUCCGCACUGUGAUGAUUGAGAAGAUGGUCCGCCCGGAGGAGGUUCUCGUGGUUGAAAAUGAUGAGGGUGAAAUUGUGCGUGAAUUUGUCAAGGAGAGCGAUACCAUCCAGCUUUACAAGACGAUACGCGAGUGUUUGGUCUACCUCACCCACUUGGAUGUGGUUGAUACUGAGACCAUCAUGAUCGACAAACUGGCUAAGCAGGUUGACGGUACAGAAUGGUCGUGGGUGAACUGCAACACGCUGUGCUGGGCAAUUGGUUCCAUCUCUGGUGCUAUGAACGAAGAGACAGAGAAGCGCUUCCUGGUUACUGUGAUCAAGGAUCUGCUUGGCCUUACAGAGCAGAAGCGUGGAAAGGAUAAUAAGGCGGUGGUGGCGAGUAACAUCAUGUACAUUGUGGGACAAUACCCCCGGUUCCUGAAGGCCCACUGGAAGUUCCUCAAAACCGUUGUUAACAAGCUUUUCGAGUUCAUGCAUGAAACACAUGAAGGUGUUCAAGACAUGGCUUGUGAUACGUUCAUCAAGAUCGCAAACAAGUGCAGACGGCACUUUGUGGCCCUCCAGCCAGGAGAGAAUGAACCUUUUAUUGAAGAAAUUGUCCGCAACAUGAGAAAGAUCACCAUGGAUCUUUCUCCCCAACAGAUCCACACUUUCUACGAAGCCUGCGGCUACAUGAUCUCUGCCCAAGGUCAAAAGAGUCUCCAAGAUCGCCUGACUGAAAAUUUGAUGGCACUCCCUAACUCUGCCUGGGAUGCGAUUAUUGCGGAAGCCAACCAAAAUCCGGCAAUUCUCCAAGAUGGCAACACCAUCAAGAUCGUCGGAAACAUUAUGAAGACCAAUGUCGCCGCUUGUUCCUCAAUUGGUACCUACUUCUCUUCCCAAAUUGGUCGCAUCUACCACGACAUGUUGAACAUGUACCGUGCUGCCAGUCAGCUGAUCAAUGAUGCUGUUGCAAAUGAUGGUAAUUAUUUCCGCCUAUUCGCGAAUGCCUGGGCUGUCACUAACACAUGGCAGGAGCCAUCGCACCGAAAAACCCCCAAGGUCCGAGGACUUCGGACUAUUAAGAAAGAAAUCCUGAAGCUCAUUGACACCUAUGUGGACAAGUCGGAUGAUCUUGAUAUGGUUAAUACCAGUAUGGUGCCCCCGCUUAUGGAGGCCGUAUUGAUUGAUUAUGCCCGCAACGUUCCCGAUGCACGAGAGGCCGAGGUCUUGAAUGCCAUGACCACGAUUAUCCAUAAGCUUCAUAAUUUGAUGGAGGACAAGAUCCCAGCCAUCAUGGACAGUGUUUUCAACUGCACUCUGGAGAUGAUUAACAAGGACUUCCACGAAUAUCCCGAGCACCGCGUCGAAUUUUUCAAACUACUUCAGGCCGUCAACCUAUACUGUUUCCAGGCACUUCUGAAGCUCGAUGCUGCACAGUUCAAGUUUGUCAUCGACUCAUGCAUGUGGGCCUCGAAGCACGACAACCGUGAAGUCGAGAACACUGGUCUCACGAUGUGUUUGGAGCUGAUGAACAACAUGGCUGAAACUGACCCGCAAACUUCGAGCAUUUUCUUCCGCCAGUUCUACAUUUCGAUCCUCCAGGAUGUGUUCUUUGUUCUGACCGAUAGUGAUCACAAGGCCGGGUUCAAAUCUCAGGCUUUACUUUUGUCACGCAUGUUCUACUUUGUUGAGUCUGGCAAGAUCCAGGAGCCUAUCUAUUCUACCGACCAAGCUCCGAUUGGCACCUCCAACAAAGACUUCUUGCAAGAAUAUAUUGCAAACUUGCUUAAGAAUGCUUUCAGUAAUCUUCAAGAAGCACAAAUCAAGCAGUUUGUCCUCGGACUAUUUGCCUACACUGAUGACUUGAACAAGUUCAAAACUCAUCUCCGUGACUUCUUGAUUUCCCUCAAGGAGUUCUCUGAUGACAACGCGGAGCUCUACGCGGAGGAGAGAGAACAAGCGGUUCGUGACGCCCAAACUGCCGAGCGAGAUCGUGCCAUGAAGGUAGGAGGCUUGUUGAAGCCAUCGGAGAUGGAAGCUGAAGAUGAGCUAUGA